GAAAAAAAAACACAAUCAGCUAUCUACUGUUAUUAGAUUGGUCAUUGCUGCAAUAGUGGUGUACGCAUGUAUUGUGUGUACUAUGUGCUUUCCUCAGUUUCUCGUUGUGACGUCGUUGAUCCAAUCUUCAAUAUUUUAGCUCGGUCGAUGUGAUAUAAGUUGACACUGAGCCUAGUGAACGGUGAUAUUCGUCAAUUGGUCCGUGAUGAGAAAAAAAUUGGUGUACUUUAUGAUUGGAAAAAGAUAGCCAGUGCGCAAUCCGUACGACGAACAUGGUUGGGAACGAUAUUUAAUUAAGUGUACAUACAUAUAACCAUUGAUAAACGUCAGUUACGAAGGCCGUGUGGUAAAAUGGCCGAAGGACAAAAUUCACGACUGCACAGUACCGACACUUUAUACAAAUUGAGUGUUUCUGUGGUUGCUGAAAAAUUUACAAUCUGCAAAGAAUAUGUCCCCUAUCUUCCGGAGAACGUAUUGUUUGACCUCUAUUAUCAGUUAUGGAAAGAAAAACGGCUAUGCUUACUUGGCACAGAACUCUGCCACCUAAAAACUUUUGCCAGAAUACUCAAGGUCACAAAUCGCCGAAUUCAUCUACUACAGAUUUUUCAGACCCUCAUGGAUCAUGAUACAGGGAUCAAUAAGGAGCUGGUAAUGAAGUACGAGUUAUAUUGCUUGUGUGGUAAAGACGAUCCAACACUAUGCAGCAAAAUAAUCAACUUAGGACUUACUUUGGGAGGUUUUCUAAGCGACGCUGGUUGGUAUUUGGAAAGUCAAAAAGUUUUAUUGGCUUGUAAGAAGCUAUGUAUUAAUUCUCGGCAAAAUCCAAAAAAUUGGUGCCUUACCUUGGAUUGCUGUUACAAAUUGUUACAUGCACAAGCAACCUACUGUGAAUUUCGUGGGGCAGCGGAAACACGUGAAUUAGCCGUUGAGGUAGUCGCCAAGUUGAAGGAAGCAGGGUACGAUGGAGUAAAUCAUGCCGCUCUUUACGCAGAGUUUAGCGUCCUCUUUUUUAAUCGAAGUGAAUACGAUCAGGCAUACAGGUGGAGUAUGGAGGCUUUGAAAGAAUUAACCCCAACUCUUCCGGCACGUUUCACUAUCGAUGUUUUAAGGCAAGCUGCCAAAUCCUGUGUUGUAAAACGCGAGUUUCAGAAAGCUGGUAUUUUGAUCAAACAAGCUGUAUACCUUGCCAGAGAACUUUUCGAUGUCGAUCAUCCAAAGUACAGCGAUGUUCUAACAGAUUACGGAUUUUACUUAUUGAAUUAUGAUAACGUUAUUAACAGCGUAUCUGUCCAAAAGACUGCUCUCGAGAUUAAAAAACUUAUAUUUGGAAAAACAAAUCUACUUGUCGCAAUUGCAUAUGAAGAUCUGGCUUACGCACUUUACGUUCAUGAAUACAGUUCAGGGAAAUUUCAACAAGCAUGUGAUCACGCUGUUAAUGCAAUUAACAUUAUGGAAAAACUAUUACCUACUGAACACUUGAUGUUGGCAAGUGCGAAAAGAGUAAAAGCGUUAAUUUUAGAAGAGAUAGCACUAGAUAACAGACCAAGCGUCAUUUCUGAUCAAGAACUUCUACUGCAAUCAGAGUCUUUGCAUUUGUCUGCCCUCCAAUUGGCAAAAACUGCCUUUGGAGAGAGAAAUGUACAAACAGCUAAACACUACGGCAACUUGGGAAGAUUAUAUCAAAGUAUGAGAAAAUUUAAGGAAGCGGAAGCAAUGCAUCUCAAAGCAAUUAGCAUCAAAGAAGAGCUGUUGGGUUCCGAUGACUAUGAAGUUGGGCUGAGCAUAGGACAUUUAGCCUCACUGUAUAACUUCCAUAUGAACCGAUACGAGGAUGCUGAGAAACUAUAUCAACGUAGCAUAGCUAUUAGUUUAAAACUGUUCGGGAAAAGCUAUAGUGGACUCGAGUAUGAUUAUCGCGGACUGCUGCACGUAUAUACGAAGUUGAAUGAAUACCAAAAGGAAUUAGAAUAUGAACACAUCUUUAAUAAUUGGAAGGAUUUGAGGGAUCAUCACGCUCGGUGUGAAGACCCGCCUAUUGACCUGCAAAAAAGACCUCAACCAAUUAGGGAAGUAAUCCAGGCAGUCUUCUCGCUGUGAUCCCAAUACUCUGUGUCCAGACUCAAUAAUUAUUUGCCCGAUUACCCAUAGUCUGGAGCAGGGUAUGAUUCAGGCCAAAGCAGAAUUUGUGAAAUGUUGCACUACGAACAGGUUUUGAACAAUUAUUGUUGAAAAAAGCGCAUUUCAUUAUACAAGAGUUAGACCACUUCUUUUCAAAAAUUUAAUAUAAUUAUUUAUUUAUUCAAUUCUCAUUUUAACAGAUUGUGUUUAGUGUAAAAUUAUUUUUUUCUGUUUUUUUUUUCAUUGCAAGCGAACGUAAAUGAAAUUGAUAGAUGAAAAAUUUUCGAAAUAAUACUGGAAUGACUCUUGUAUUUCUCACAAAUAUAGAAUAAUGAAUAUUUUAUUUCUGAAUUAUGAUUACAAAUAGCUAAUUAGCAAAUUUUUAUUAUGCUGGAUUAUUAGAAUGUUUUACAUUUUAGCUUUGUUUUCAAGACGUUCGCAAGCAGCGUGCUCAAUGUUUUAUUUAAAAUCAUUUACCUGUAUAUAGCAAACAAUAGAUACAUGUAUUCACUAGCUCGAGCAUCAAAACCGAAUUGGUAGGUAAAUUGAAAUUACUUGAUUUUAAUGUUAAAUAUAGGUAUGGUACAUGAACAACUGAUUUUUAUGUUAUGUUUGAAUACAUUCCGUUACAAGCAUCAUGGAACAGUUCUAUGCAAUUCACAAAAUGUACAAGUUCCUACUUCACAUUUUUUUUUUCGCUGAACAUCUUAUUUUUUACAAUGAAAAACGAGUUUAUUUUGGAAUUCGUAUUUAGUUCAUAACGUUUUUUAUUCAUUCGGUGGAAACUUGUUUCACAUUACUAUGAAAAAUAUCUAUUUACUCUUAAUGUUUCAAUGAAUAGAUGUUUAUUUCACGAAGUUGAAGAUGAAGAAAAGCUUUUUAAUUUUAUCAUGUAUAGUUUUUCAAACCUCCGACAUGCGGUAUAACAUGUUUCGAUCGUUAUAUUUAUACUUUUAAUAAGUUUAUAACUAUGUUUAUCAUUUGUUAAAAUUUUAUGCAGAACCUAACUAUGGACUAUGAUCCUGUUGGUUUUGCUGUGCAACAUUUAAAUAAUCGAUGAAUAUGCUUCUCUGAAACCCAUAAAUCAAUCAACAAAUCGUAAGUUUCAAGACUCGGUUAAAAAAAACCUUAGUCAAUUUUACAUUUUAUUUCCUUUUUUUUUUCUUUUGCGCGAAUGUAGGUGUUUUUAAAAUGCCUUCAACAAAAUAACUUUUAUCAUUGAAACAUAUUAAAUUCAUAUCUUCUGUAUAGUGCAUUUUGAUAUGGUUCUCUAAUGUUGUUCCAUCUUCUAGAAUAUUUUGAAAGGUACCGAAUUAGUAUAAGUAUGGACUUUUGUUUAUAGUUUAUUCUCUAUUUACUUACUCUUCCUCUUUCACAGAUUUAAUUCUGUAUCUGCGCAGCUUUAUACAUAUUAUUUAUGAAGAAAAACAAAUGAUUCACAAAGCAUCUAAUAAUUAUAUCUCUAAAUAUACAAACUAAAGGAGCGGCUAUAAUUUUAUAACAGAGACAAAAUCGUAGCAGUUUGAAUGUAACUUUACGUACAUGCCUCUGGCCUCAUACCAAUAAUGAAAGCACGAUUUAAUAGUAAGUAAAAGUGAAAUAAAUGUCGAAAGAUAAUUUUAUUAUUUAGUUUUGAUUACGGAUGUUUAAUCUAUAAGUUCUAUCUGCGUUUAAAAGGAAAAAAAAAAAAACAAAGAAAGAAAAUAGCGUGCUGUGUGCCAUCACAAAUAUGUAUACAUAUAUACAAUAUUUUAUUUUUUUGUACAUCUGUAGAGUAUAUCUAUGAUACUUACAGCGAAAAACUUCCUGUUUUAUAAUACGUACAUAUCUCGCACUAAUUGUUUUCGUAUUUUUUAACAAUCCCAGCUUGCGAACGAUCUUGAAUUGGAAAAUUUAUUAAUAAUUGUAUGAGCAUUUUUUCCAUAUGUAUGUAAAUUUUCGACUGCCUUCUUUUGUGUGUAUUAUAUGUAUGUAUAUCAGCUAUGUAACGUUGCACAAGUUGGGAUUUGAUGCAAUACGUUUAAUUUGUUCAUAGUUUCUCUAUUUGUAACGUCCACAUGACAGAUUAAAAAAGCAAGAGAGAAAAAAGGGAGAGAUCGCAGCUAAUUACUUCUAAUUGUAAAUGCCAUUGCUGUGAGAAGUUAGUUCAUCUGAUGAUUUGGUUAUCUUACCUACUCUUCUGUUGUAAAUUAUCGAGAUCCUUUGGGACACUUAAAUAGUCAUUAAUCACCAAGCGUAGAAAUAUAUCUAUAUUUGUGAUAACUUUGAAUUAGUAGGGCGCAAAUUUUUUAUUACUCUGAUAACUUCAGUGACUUUUUUUUACUUAUUGAACGACCUCAUUUUUUUUUUUUUUUUAUUUACGUGACUUCUCAAAAAUGUUGUUUGAAUUUUUUUUUUCUGGUUUCGAUCUUGUGUUUAGAGAGAACAAAAUUCAUCAUUACAUACCUUAUGAAUUCAAGAUUCCUGUAGACAAAUGAUAGAAAAUAAGUAAAGAUAACACAAAUUUCAAACUACUUCCAACCGUAAGUCAUUCAUACAAAGUUGUAAAUGUUGGAAAUAUAUUAUGAUAAUAAUUACCAUUGUUGUCUUGCAGCACUCUUUGGAAUUAAUAUAAGUGACUAUUUGACUCAAAUUUGAAUUAUAAUAUUAGAUGUUAUGAUAUUACAAUUUAACGUGAUGUUCUUUCAUAUAUUCUCUUUUCUCUCUGUUAUCAAUGUUCAAAAGUUAUGUUACACAAUGACUUGUCUUAGUUACUCAUAGCAUUUCUAUACUUCUACUGUAUUGGACGAUCUGAGAAAUCGUAAAUUAAUAACGAACGAUAUUAAAAUUGCAAAUUAUGUACAUA